CGCCUGUGUUGUGAAAAAGGUUUAGCUCUUCUAAAACACCACCAUCACGAUCCACUGAAGUCUUAGGGCAUUACAUCUUCUAAAACGGCCAACAGCCACAAGAGCAGAGGACUGAAACUUCCCUGGUCCAGCAUUGUGGUGUGUAUCAUCUUUAUCUGAUUUGGAGAUCCCCCACAGGACACACCGGAUGGGCCAGCUGGUGACAUUUGGGGUCUAUUGUUAGCAUUCUUUGGGCCUGCUUGUGAAACAUCAGUCAAAUGGCCAGCAACUUCCGCAGCUACAUCUGGGACCCGGUUCUCAUUGUGUGUCAGAUUGUAUUGAUGCAGUGCAUCUACUACAGCUUCCUGGGCCUGUGGUUGGCUGGUGUGGACAGCCUUGUACAAAGUGGUCGGUCACUGGAUCAGAUCUUCAGCUAUGAACUUCUUGGUUUUGCAACAAUGCAGGGUAGACUCUCAAUGAUGGCAUUCAUCUUGAACUCUCUUACCUGUGCACUAGGUCUGUGGUUUUUCAUCCGCCGAGGGAAACAAUGCCUGGACUUCACCGUUACUGUCCACUUCUUUCACAUGAUCGGUUGCUGGAUCUAUAACGCUCAUCUUCCCUCCGCCUUGUCCUGGUGGCUUGUCAACGUAGCCUGCAUGGCACUGAUGGCUGUAAUCGGAGAAUACCUGUGCAUGCGGACUGAGCUCAGGGCAAUUCCCGUCAACAGUGGACCAAAGUCUAACCUGUGAAUUUCCCUUGACGCCACACAAAAAAAUUCUGACUUACAUGGAACUCACUGACAAAGCUUUCCAUUGUCGCUGAACACAAAGGAACUCCAACUUCCAUCAGCAUACAUGUUGCAAUGUCAUGAACCUUUUUUUUUUGUCAAGUGAGCCAUGAGUUGACUUGAAAAUUUUUUUUUUAGCUGCUCAUUUAACGUCAGUGUUAACUCUGUAGCAUAUUCAAAACAUAUUUUAAUGCUAUUGAAAGUACAGUAACAGUUUAUUUUCUCAGUUCAUCUGCAAUAGCUAGUAGACUCGCAUGGACAUCUGGGCACCCUUCCUCUCUGUCUGCAUCCCGUGUCUGAGUUUUCAAACACAACCAUUAUGAUAUGAUGCACGCAGUUUAAUUUAGACAGUCACAUGAACUUGCAUUGUUUUGUGCUGUACUUCUUAAAGUUGUUUUUAAAGUUCAGUGUUGGGUAACAUGUUUAUAGUGUCUCUGCCACUCUGUUCAAUCAUUUUGUUAACCAAAAAGAAAGGGAAACAUCUUGCCUCAAUAUUAUAGCCUAUAUAGGCCUGACGUAUGCCUGGCUUAGUUUUAUCUUUCUAUAUAAGGUUUUUACCUUCAGUCUGAUAAUGCUUGUAUGGUUUUUUUUUUUUUUCAUAGUUGGCCACAUCUAAUUUUUUUUUAUCUUUAUCUAGUCUUAUUAUGGAAGCUUUUGAGUAUUUUUUGAGCAUUUAGCCAUCCAUCUGAAAAUCACCGGAGCCAUUGUGAUGGGAAAACUCCUGAAAACUGCAGCACUGGUGCUUUCUGGAAAAUUAUGUCUCCUCACAUGCAGUGGUAACUUUUUAAUUUUUCAAAUGUCACAGCUCUUGUAAUACAUGCUUAAAUCUUUUCUCAUUGGGUGGUAACUUUCAUAUCAAAAUCUUUGCAGCUUUUUUAGUGUGGAUUUUGCCGUUUAUUGCUUUGGAAUAAGUUAUUUGAAGUUUAGUACAAUGACAUGCUUAUGAUAUAUGAAGUGUUCUCUGAUGUCUUGCUUAUACAGUCAUGGUGAGAGGUAGAUGAGAAGAUUAGCUCAUUAAUAUCUGCUAAGCUUAAAUUAAAUAAUACACUAUAAACAUGGAAAAACGAAACAUCUGUAACCUUGCACCUCUAGAGGUAACUAACCGACUAAGUUAAAGCAUAGCUUCCUGGAAACCCCAAGUUUUUUUUAUUGAUUUGUUGAUUAGGAAUACAUGCCAGCUUCUGGGCUUGGUUAGUUGGACUUUUUAUAUUUCCCCACAUUCCAGUUUUAUUCUUUGAGCUAAGACAACCAAUUGCUUGCAAUAGCUAAAUAUUAAGUGUUUCAAUCAACAAACUGAAUGAACUUUUGAAAAUGUGUUAUGUAUAUGAUGAUCAAACUCCUUACUACUCUUUCUAAGCUGGUGUCGUUUGAGAGAAUGUCUGCUGAUAAAUUUCACAUGCAGGUGCACAUGCAACUUUUUUUUUUCUUUUAAAUCUUUGGUGUUUAAAACCUAAACUACUAAACCAUACUGAUGUCACACCUAGUUUAGAUGUUGUUAUCCAAUAAUAUCCGUAUAACAUAUAAAAAAUGUGUCCGUUAUACCAUAAUCCUCAAAUACAUAUUUUUUUUAAAUACAUAAAAAAAUAAAAAUCUUUACAAACAGGUCAAAGUAAAAGUACAAUUAAGAAAGUAGUUUUAAAUAAUAGUCCAUUCAAAACUUUCCCUUGCUG